UGACUCUCCAUUCCGCGUUUGAUGUUCGUGAUAUGGAUUGGUUUGAUACGUAGAUACAAAUUAAAGGAGUAAACCGUUAUUAAAUCUCCAUAGGCCUGUAUACAUGUUACAUUGUUUAUGCCCGUCAGCGCCCGAUAAUUGCGCACUAGUUGAGUUAUGUUUUUUGACUACCUCCCAUUGACAUAAACGGAAUUCCUACUUUUGUGCCGAGGGUGUGUGGAAGUUUCAGCCUUUGAGCUGUUGUAUUUACACGGGCAGACUACAGCAAAGGGUAAUGUUUGUACAAACCAGGCUAUGCAAUUAGCAACAUCCAGUAACUUUUUUUUUGCAUUGCUCACCUGGCCAUCGACAUUCUCCAUUUGGAAAAGCUGUUUUCAAUAGAGCGCUGGUUGAUCGUGGAUUUUUCAGGAACGGAACGCUCAUGAGUCUUUUGCAAGUUUACUAAACGUGCUUUUAGCUUGACCUGUAGGCUAUAUUGAUACGCGGCUUGGCGUUGCAUGUCACUUUUCCCCAUUUAUGUUUAUUCACAUUGCUUAGACAACUAUUUACGAAUUGUAUCAUCCCUUGUAGCCUAUCAACAGUUAGUCCAAUUUGUGUUAUUCAUGUAGAUCGGUUUUUAUAAUGGAAGAAGAAAGCGUUUACAACUCGUUUCCAGAAUUAAAAGAGUUUGAAAACAAAAUUGGGACGAAAACGCCAAAUGUCAUUUUGAGAUGGAUGAAGGAUGCUGCGCGUCGCACAGAGGAGAGUUCGGAAUGCCUUCAAAUGAAAGAAAACGGGACUGGGGGAGAAUGUUUAAAUGACAAGAUCAAUCAUUUGAAAUUCGAGAUGGAGUGUCUGCGGGCUGCAGACGUGCAAAUCCUGCGCCAGCUGGUGGUGGUGCAUGAGGGCAUGGAGGCUGUGCGCUGGCUGCUGGAGGAGCAGGGUACCCUGGCCAGCAGCAGCCCGACAGGCAGCCAGUGCAGCCUUGCAGAUUCAGCUCCAGGCAUGUCCCCUGGGGAGGGCCCAAGCCCGACCCUGACGGGCAUCCAGGAUCCAACCAAGCCCAGAAAAGAACCAGAGCAAGAACCUGACAGGGUCUGCUCUAGCCACAGCUACUUCAACAUGACUACUGACAAGUCCCCCGACAAGAGACCUCCCUCAGAUUUGGCUCUCUGCUUCUCUACAGGUGGUUCUGGUCAGAUAUGGCCCAGCACUAGCCCCUGUAUCACCACCACCACCCACCCAGUCAAUACCAAACAGCUGUGCCAGCAGGAUCCACUACAACAGGCCCCACAGUGGACAGGAUUAGAAUCUAAGAGAACGGUCUUCUCUAGGGACACGGGAAGAGGCGUGGCAGGAGGGGGCCAGGUCCAGACAGGAGAAACUGGGACGGCUCACUGCAGCCUCCCUGAGGAGACUCUGAGGGCUUCUGCGAGCAACACGGAAGAUAAGGAACAGAGUGUGCCUUCUUGUGAGAUGCUUUUGGGCUACGAUGCCCAGUGGUGCUGGGUGGAGUCCCAAGAUGAUGUGACAUUUCUCUGACUAACGGUUAAUAUACAGUACCUCUUGUCAACUACCACAUUCUACAAGACGAUACUGUGUGAUGCCGUUGGAAAUUACCUACCUUCCAAACAGGAAUGUUGAGAGUGUGAGUGUUGGAGAAGAGUGAAUGCUGGACUUGGUCCUGUUUUGUUGGCAGGCAUAUUGUCUUUCUGUGUGACAGCACAAUGUACAUUCCAGUGGGUGAAUACCAUUAUGAAUGCCAUCUUUGUUUCAAUUUGAGAGGCAUGAAAACUGUUCAUGAUGCUGUCAUAGUCAUAAACAAUAUACCUGUAUUCUAGAACUGAAAGGACUUUGCAUACAAUACAAUGCAGAUAUUUGUCUUAUCAUGAAAUAAUACACAUUUUUCUAAAAGGUUUGUGUAACCAUUAAUACUGUAAAGCAACAAAAGCAAAAGUAAACAAUGAAAAAUCAACCAAGUAAUUUUUAAGUUUGUUUGCAUAAGCACUCCCCACAGAUACUGUCAUUUCAACUAACUGCCUGGACAGAACAUAUUUUACUUUAAA